AUGUCUGUUUCUCCCUUGGGCGUCACGUUAACUACUCCUUCUGGUGUUCUGCCUUCUGUUCCCUCGAGUGUCGCAUCUUUUGUCUCUUUAGAUGUUACAUCUACAGCUCUCUCUGGUGCCAUGUUUAUCACCACACCUUGUGCUGUCGCUCUUUUGUGA